CGCGCGCGUGAGGUGGCGCUCUGGGCAGCGUGCACGCGCUCUCGCUGGUUCUCCCGGAGGGCGGGCGGACGGAGGAGGCGGCGGCGCCAUGGCGGCCGUGCGCGGCCUGCGGGUGUCGGUGAAGGCCGAAGCGACAGCGACGGCGACGGCGGCGGCAGCAGCGGCGGCGGCAGCAGCGGGGCCGCCCCUGGGGCUACUGGGGUCGGGCCCGGAGCGGGGCGAGCCCGAGCCUAUGGAGGUGGAGGAGGGCGAGCUGGAGGCCGUACCGGUGCGGCGCUCGCUGCUGCCGGACACGAGCCGCCGCUACGAGAACAAGGCGGGCAGCUUCAUCACCGGCAUCGACGUCACCUCCAAGGAAGCAAUCCAGAAGAAGGAGCAGCGAGCCAAGCGCUUCCAUUUCCGAGCCGAAGUCAACCUGGCCCAGAGGAACGUGGCCUUGGACAGAGACAUGAUGAAGAAAGCGAUCCCGAAGGUGAGGCUGGAGACCAUCUAUGUCUGUGGAGUGGAUGAGAUGAGCACCCAGGACAUCUUCGCCUACUUCAAGGAGUAUCCCCCUGCCCACAUCGAGUGGCUGGAUGAUACUUCCUGUAACGUGGUCUGGCUGGACGAGGUGACGGCGACACGGGCCCUCAUCAACAUGAGCUCCUUGCCCAGCACGGACAAGGCCAAGACGCGCGAAGCCGGCGAUGAGAAGGCGCCCGAGAAGAUGAGAAAAGACAAACAGGACAGCUCUGACGACGAGACCGAGGAAGGAGAGGUCGAGGACGACGCCGCGAGCGACCUGGAGUUGGACGCGUUGUCCCAGGUGGAAGAAGACUCCCUCUUACGGAACGACCUGCGUCCGGCCAACAGACUGGCCAAAGGCAACAAGUUGUUCAUGAGGUUUGCCACCAAAGACGACAAGAAGGAGCUUGGCGCGGCCCGCAGGAGCCAGUAUUACAUGAAAUACGGGAACCCCAACUACGGAGGCAUGAAGGGCAUCCUCAGCAACUCGUGGAAGAGGAGGUACCACUCGCGCCGGCUGCAGAGGGACGUGAUGAGGAAGCGCUCGCUCAUCGGGGACGACGUGGGCCUCACCUUGACGCCUCCCUACAAGCACCGGCACGCAGGCCUGGUGAACGUCCCGGAGGAGCCCAUCGAGGAGGAGGAGGAGGAGGAGGAGGAGGAGGAGGAGGAGGACCAGGACAUGGACGACGACGGCAGGAUCGUGGUGGAGUACCGCGACGAGCUGCAAGCCUUCAAGCAGGCGCGGGAGCGCAGCGCGGCCCGGCGGCCCAGUGCCAGCGGCUCGGGCUCCGACUCGGACGAGAUGGACUACGACCUGGAGCUGAAGAUGAUCUCCACGCCGUCGCCCAAGAAGAGCCUCAAGAUGACCAUGUACGCCGACGAGGUGGAGUCGCAGCUGCGCAGCAUCCGGAACUCCAUGAGGGCGGACAGCGUGGCCACCAGCAACAUCAAGAACCGCAUCGGCAGCAAAGGGCCGUCGGACAAGGUCGCCGACGUGCGGCUCCUGCUUGAGGAGAAGCGGCAGAGCACGGCGCAGCGGCCGCCCGCGGGCAGCGUCAAGUCUGAUGUCCGUCAGAGGCUAGGCAAGAGGCCGCACUCCCCCGAAAGCAAGGCCCCGAGCGGCCCCUUCGCGCCCCGGAGAGAGCCGACGUCCGAUGUACACAGUAGGCUCGGCGUUCCCCGGCAAGACCUCAAAGGCCUCUACUCGGACACCCGUGAGAAGAAGUCAGGCAGCUUGUGGACCCGCCUGGGCCCCGCCGCCGCCAAGGCCAAGGAGAAGGGGGCCGAGAAGGCGGAUGCGGCGGCGGCGGCGGCGGGGGCGGCCCCCGAGGAGGAGGACUCGGAGCUGCAGCGCGCCUGGGGCGCCCUCAUCAAGGAGAAGGAGCAGUCCCACCAGAAGAGGUGCCGCCUGGAGCGCCUGCCGUCCCUGCAGAUCGAGAUCAGUCGGCAGAGCACCUCGGACUCGGACACGGAGUCCUGAGGCCUGACGGACCCACGGACGCGGGCCGCGCGGCCAGGUGGGACGGGCCGGGGGCUCGGGGGGCCGGGGGGGCCGGGCCAGGGCGCACCUCCCCCUCCUCCCCUCGUGCAGGAAGCGUCUGAGCAGUUCAUCCAAAGAGCCGAGGAGCCGACCUCUCCCUCUCGCCGCGGCCUCGACGUCCGAGGAAGCGGGGAGACCCCCCUCGAGCCCUCCCGGCCACGGCGAGAUGUGGCGGCGUGGCAGGGAGAGCGUUCACGGACCCGGCCGGGGGGCGGCUCCGGAGCCCCCGAGGCCGCCGCGCAGGGCGUCCGUCCAUCCGUCGGUCCGUCUGCACCCGUCACCUGCCGGCUCUCCGGGAAGCCCGGCCCACGGCGCCGGGGGGGACUUUGGUGUGGGGGGGCCCGUGUUGACCAGCUUGUUCAGUCUAUUAUGUUUUAAACUCUUCCCGAUUUGCGAGCUUC